UCUUGGAUCAGGUCUGUAGGUGUGUGUUGGUGCAGAGCACUUGUGGAAUGCCGGGUGAAACAGAUUCCCUGCUCCAGGCUUACAUGGAAAGGGAAUUUUUCUUUCAGGCCUAGCCCCAAGUAACCCUCAGAGCCUUGACAGCAUCCAUUGAAAGACUGACUUGGAUGUCAGCGCAUCUUUGCUUAAUCUGUGGCUGCUCAGAGGCGUUCUGCCACUAGAGGCCAGCUGGGGAGAGCAGGGUACCUCUGAAACCUGCAGCUGCUGCAUCCCCUGCAGCCAAGGCUCUGUCCUCAUCUCUCCCAUCUCUCCCCAUCACUUGCGUCCGUGCCCUCCUCUGGCACUGCUGCCACGUGCACCGGGAGCCGUGGCUCUGCCGGCGCUGGCGCAGCGGCCGGCGAGGCAGCAAUGACACAUUGCUGGCAGGGAACGGGCAUGCGUGUCCCUGCCCUGCACAGCUGCAGCCUGGGCUAAAGAAGGCUGAGGCUGCCUGUGGUGGUGAGGAUAAUGGAGCGUGUCCUAUGGCAAUGUGGCCUCCUGCCUGCCAGUGUGGUGUCUGGUGAGCACGGCCGGGAAGCUGUCGGGGGGAGGAUGAGAAGGGCCAGGGUGAGGUGAGGUGAGGCUGGCAGCAGGAGUGGAAAUGUUGGGUUGAAUCUCCAGCCAUGGCUCUCUUGGAUGCCUUCUGCUUCCCAGCACCAGUGGGGACAGGCAGGGAUUGGAGCUGCCUGACCCCCAGCCUCUGCUGCGUGGCAGGAUUGAGCCCCAAGCCCUGGAUGCCACCGGCUUCUCGGGUCCCUCAGGUUGGGGUGGCUUUGUCCUUGAGCGAGCCUCUCAGGAGCUGCGCUUCGGUCGCCUGUGAACUGGAAGCAGAGACCGAAGCUGCGAGGGCUCGUCUCAGUGGAAUGAAUGAGUUCAUGGCUGCUCGGAGGUGCAGACUGAGAGCCGGUUGUUCCCAGCGCACCGGUGCCUGAAGCUCAUCCUGAGCCACCUCUCUCCAUGCCUGCCAGAGCUGCUCCGGUGCUACACAAGUGAUGUGUUCUCCGCAAAGGCUUUCAUGGGGAGGAUUUAAGAUAAAAUAAAUAACAAGCCACUGCAAGCUCGGAGCGGGGCUGCCCGGGACCGUGUUUACAGGGAGGCAGCCUCAGACACGAGGAAACGCAACGAGUGGCAAAGAGGUGGAAUUCUACAGCAUGGCAACAAUUCCCAGCUUGUCAGAGGCGCGCAGAGGUCGCAGGCACCUCGGGCUGACGACAGGAGCUGCGCUUUUACAGGCAGCCGCAGGAAGCGAGGUUGGACGGAGCGAGUAACGGAGUUGUGUGGAGCCUGUCUGAGUCACUGACCCUGCAUCCCCACUGCUGCCUUCAGACACUGCUCGGGCAGGACAGAGGAGGCUGCAGUGAGAGAUCUGCCCUUUCUGGUCACCACCAAGCUCGGGUCUCCUCCCCUGGCCUCUCCCAGUGCUUUGUGCUCACCCUGCUCACCCAUCCAGUGCAGGGAAACCGAGAGAGGAGCAGCUGGAAACCCCGCUCCGAGCUGCUGCGAGAGCCCAGGGACCAGCAGAGCCAUGAACGUGAGAACCGCGCUCGUGCUCCUCGCUCUGGCUUUAGCCACCGUAUUGGCGCUGGUCUGUGUGCUGCUGACCAGGGGCAGGGCCCCCCCUGCCUGCCCGCACCAGCCCCCAGUGCAGGAGGACCCCGACGGCGGCCAGAGCCUGGUCUUUGCGGACCUGACCCCCGCCGAGCUGGCCCAAGUGGUGCGGUACCUGCAGGGACACCUGGGGCUGCGGCUGGUGGACGCCGCGCGGGCAAAGCCCUCCGACAACUGCAUCGCCUCCGUGGAGCUGCAGGUCCCGGCCAAGGCAGAGGCGCUGCGGUUCCUGGACGGGGCGGGGGCUCGUCCCCCCCGCGAGGCGCUGGCUGUGCUCUACUUUGGGGAGCAGGCAGAGCCCAACGUCACCGAGUACGUGGUGGGGCCGCUGCCGGCGCCGGUGUAUCACCGGGACGUGACGGUGCGCAGGUACGGGGGGAAGGUGCCGUACCACCGCAGACCCACGCUGGCUGUCGAGUACAAGCAGCUGGCCGGGUUUUUAAAGAGCCAAGUGUUCCCCGCAGCUCCAUCCUUCAUGCGUCAAGUGAUGGAGUACGAUGGAGGCAGCCUCGCAGCCCUGACGGCCGCUCCCCGCGGGUUCCAGUCUGGAGACCGCAUCACCUGGUUCGCCUUGUUCCAGAACGUGAGCGGGUUCUUCGUGCACCCGGUGGGGCUGGAGGUGCUGGUUGACCACAGCAGCCUGGACAUCUCCCAGUGGGCGGUGAGCAGGGUCUUCUACAACGGGCAGUACUACAGGGACAUGGUGCAGCUGGAGAGCGCCUACGUGCAGGGUCGCAUCAGCGUGGAGAAGGUGAGGAGAGCGCCGCGGGACGGGGACUUCUCGUCCAUGAAGCCGCGAGCGCCUUGGGCCGCGCUGUUCCCUUUGCAGUACGAGCCGCAGGGUCCCCGCUACAGCGUCAGGAACAACCACGUCCUCUACCAGGCGUGGAGCUUUGCCUUUGGGAUGAGCGCGAGCACGGGGCUGCGCCUCUUUGACAUCCGACACAAGGGGGAGAGGGUUGCCUAUGAAAUCAGCGUCCAAGAGGCAAUGUCCGUGUACGGCUCCAACUGCCCCGCAGGGAUGUCCACGAGGUACAUGGAUGGGAGCUUUGGCAUCGGGCGCUACACCUCCCCCUUGGUGCGAGGGGUCGACUGCCCCUAUUUAGCCACGUACCUGGAUGUGCACUUCCUGGCCCAUUCUCAGGUCCCCCAAAGCACUAAAGGUGCCAUCUGCAUCUUCGAGCAGAACCUGGGCUCCCCGCUCAGGCGCCACUACUCCAACCUGCAGUCGCUGUACUACGGGGGGCUGGUCAACUCUGCCCUGGUCCUUCGGUCCAUUGCCACCGUGGGCAACUACGACUACGUCUGGGACUUCAUCUUCUACCAGAACGGGGCCAUUGAAGGCAAGGUCCAGGCCACGGGGUACGCGAGCUCAUCCUUCCUCCAUGGGGAUGGCCUGCGAUACGGCAAUAGGGUUUGGGAGCACACGCUGGGUACCAUACACACCCAUUUCAUCAACUAUAAGGUGGACUUGGAUGUGGGAGGUAGGUCUGGGUCUUCCUUUACUGCCUGCCAUUAUCCUGGUAAACCCCAAUGCCGUGGGGGGUUGCCUCCUGUCUGUUGAGCCCCUCAUAAGUAACAUCUGAACUCUGCUUUUCCACUCUCCCAAGCUCUUCUUUCACUGCAAAGUCAUUCCUAUGCAUGGAGCAGCCUGCUGAGGUGAUGGAGGCAGUGGGAAUUGGCUGGGAGCUGCGUGUCCAGGCCAAGGAAAGUAUGAAGGUAGCAGCUGUAAAAUGUUUGUGUUUCCUGGAGGCCUCCGCCUGGCACGGGGCUCAUUGCCAUAGGACCGGCCCCGUCUGCAGGGCUGGAGGUGGGAACCGGCUCUUUGGUGCCUGAUGCUGCUCCUGCUGCUCUGGUAACGUGGGGGAGUCUGUUUUGUACCCUGACUGCCCAGCGUGAGCCUGGCAGCAGGACCGGUGCCCUGCGGGGCUGAGCUCGUGCAGCUCCAUCCU